AUGGGCCAACCAUCUCCGAGCCUGGACAGACGCGUGAAGUUGAAGAUUGACUUCAUGAUUCUGCCAUUACUUUCAUCGGUGUACUUCCUUGCUCAGAUGGGGCGGUCUGAUUUGGCGAAUGCGAAAAUUGCAGGCAUGGACGAUGAGUUGAAUUUAUCGCCAAAAAUGUACUCAAAUGUGAGCAGCAUCUUUCUCGUUGGUUACAUCACCUUUCAACUCCCCGGCACCCUUCUCUUGAGAAAGAUUGGCCCACCUCUCCAGUUCGGACUCGCUAUGAUUGCCUGGGGUCUUAUUACAACAUGUACUGUCAAGGUCAAUUCAUACAGUGGCCUUAUGGUUGUUCGAACAUUUAUUGGGGUAGCAGAAGCUUUAAUUCAAGGCGCGGUAUUCUAUCUAUCCUUCUGGUACAGAUACGAUGAGCUCGCGACUCGUGGGGCCAUACUCUACUCUACUAGUGCCCUUGCUGGGUCCUUCAAUGGCUUGAUCGCGUACGCCAUUGAACGUACACUCGACGCCAAGGGCGGAUGGUCUUCCUGGAGAUGGAUAUUCUUGAUCGAGGGCAUACUACCCGUUGCGUGGGCCUUUGUGAUCAUCAGUAUUCUCCCAUCGACACCCGAAACUGUUCGCUUGGGCUUCAAGCCUGAAGAAAAGGCCGCCGUCAUCCAACGAAGUCGCGCUGCCCACAAUACCGGUGAAUCAAAAAUUCGCCCGAAACUCAUUCUUAAGCUCCUCCUAGAACCACAAUUCUGGAUGUUCACCCUCAUUGACUGCGGUUCCCAUUUCUGCGAUUCAUCGUUGUCUAACUUCAUUCCGGCCAUCCUUCAGGGUCUUGGUUACUCCGACGUAAAUUCACAACUCUUGGCCGUCGUGGUAUACGCCAGCGCUUUUGUCGGCAUCCUUGUCGCUUGCCGUAUCUCGGACAAGAUUAAACUUCGCGGCAUCGUGAUCUCGGUUUGCAGCGCCGUCGCUGCCCUCGGAUACGUUCUCCUCCUUAGUCUCAGGAAUAACCUAGGCCGCCUCAUUGCAACAUGUAUGCUCGCUGCUGGCGUCUAUCCGAUCACUGUGCUCACACUUUCCUGGAUGGCUGCGAAUAUCCCUGGGUACACAUAUCGUGCGAGUGCUGUGGCAAUGAUCAACGUAAUUUCUCAGUGUCUAUCGAUUAGUGGGAAUCAGGCAUACCAGGAUCCCCCAUUUUAUCGGAAGGGUAUGAGCGCUUCGCUAGGCCUGAUUUGUAUGUCUGGAGUUGUGGCCAUGUUGACGGUUGUGUACCUGAAGAGAAUGAAUCAGAAUAAAUUGACGGAAUUAGAUGGUGAGAAAGCAGCCAGAUUGAGGGAGUUGAGUAUAGAUGAGAUUGGAAGUAAGCAUCCGGACUUUUUCUUUACUUACUGA